AUGGCGGAGACGGACGAUACCGACAUGAUGAUGAACUAUAACGGGGAUUUCUUGAAAAGCGACAGAAAAAACAACCGCUACCCGUUCUGCGUAGUCUGGACACCCAUUCCUAUUUUAUCGUGGCUGCUCCCCUUUAUUGGUCACAUGGGUAUAUGCACCUCUUCUGGAGUCAUAAGAGAUUUUGCAGGAUCAUACUUUGUCUCAGAGGACAACAUGGGCUUUGGUAGACCAACAAAGUACUGGAAGCUUGACGUGGACAAAGUUUGUGGCCAUGGUGCUGCUACAUGGGACAAAGCAGUUCUUGAUGCAUCCGAGGAAUAUAAAUGUAGGCCGCACAAUUUGUGCUUCGAUAACUGUCAUUCCCACGUCGCCAUGGCCCUUAAUCUCAUGCGCUACGACAACAGCACAUCUUGGAACAUGGUGAACUUAUGUGUACUGUCUCUCAUUCAUGGGAAACAUGUGAGCUGGACGGCAUUCCUCAAGACCUGGCUUCCCUUCCUCAUGCUCUGCGGAGUCCUCGGCACAUUCAUCCUAACAUUCAAUCUGUAGUAAUGUAUCGAGCAGUACAACGGGUUGACUCAUAGACUGUGGUUAUACUUUAUAUUUUGACAUUUCUUUGACAUGAAUGAUUUGUUUUGAUGGGACAUUUGCUUGUAAGAAAAAUACCACAUGAAGGACUUCAUUGCCUGUAGUGAUCUGUAGUGCUGUUGUAAUGUCUGUGAGGGCAAAAUCAAACUGUUCAUGGGUAGUUUUGAAAUGAGUAAUCAACUUUUGAAGUUUUGUUGGUUAUUUUUCCUUCAAAGUAUGUAUCAUUUAGUAAUGUGUUUACACUGUCUAAAACAUA